AUGGUAGAGCCCACGGUGCACAAUGUGCAAAUGGGUUGCGUACUGGUCGAUGGAGGGAGUUCCAUCAACCUUCUCUUUGUUGACGCGCUAGACGCUCUGCAAAUCCUAAUGAGUGAGUUGAAGCCAUCUCCUCCCUUCUUCGGGAUCCUCCUGGGCUCUUCAGCCAAGCCGUUGUGGGGGAUUGAACUACCCGUCACCUUCGGUUCACCGAAAAACUUCAGAACUGUGAUGAUCCUGUUCGAUGUGGUAGACUUUGGGACCACGUACAAUGCGAUCUUGAGUCGACCGGCAAUGGCCCAAUUCAUGGUCGUUGUCCACUAUACGUACCAGGCGAUGAAGAUCCUUGGUCCCAAGGGAGCCAUUACCAUAGUGGGCAACCGAAAGACAAUCCUACACUGUGACAAGAGGAGCCUCGACAUGGUCGAGUUGGCUCUUGAGUCGCAACCUGAGAACACAGGGCCGAGUAGUCGCCCUGAAAAGGUCCACGUCACCACUAGUUCCGUCGAUCGGCUCAAGGAAAUAGAAGCAAACCCUGACAAGAUCAGAGCCAUCAAUUAG